UUUGGGCCUUUUUUAUUGUUUUUUAUUUUUCCUUUUUGUUUUCUUGCAUUUAGGUUCGAUUUUCUCUGCGCUCCGCUUUUCCAUCCCCGUCACCGCCGCGAGUUUCGGCUGCUCCCCGCCAAGGAGCGGCCCGGCCCUCAGACCCGGUCCGACCUGCUGCUGGCCGGGAGGGACUGGAACACCCUGAUCGUGGGCAAGUUGUCCCCAUGGAUCCGACCUGAUUCCCCACUGGAGGCCGUCAGGAGGAACUCGGAGGCGGCCCUGCAGCAGGAGCUGGACUUUGCUGCCUACCUGGGGGUCCCCGCUGUGCUGCUGCCCCUCAGGGGCCCCCACUGCCCCAACCUGGCCCGCGGGCUGUGUGCGCAUCUGCAGGGGGCGCCGCACGGGGCUGCCGUGUGGGUGCGCGUGCCCCUGCUGGCCCCCGAGGACGGGCGCGAGGACGCCAUCGCUAACGAGCCGCUGCCUAACGAGGGCGACGGGCGGCAGGAGGAGCGGACGUGGCACUGGUGGAACAACUUCCGGACUCUGUGCGACUACAACAAGAGGGUCGGGGCUGGUUGGUCAACAGGGAAAGCCAAUGAAGGCAUUGGAGGAAUUGGGGUCACCCAUAGGGCACUAUGGGGUGGGAAAUGGGGAUGGGCGGAGCUUCGGCCUCCAAAGGGGGCGUGGCCUCUCUCUGUCCCCGCCCAGCGCUGGAGGUGGGGCCCUGAUUUGCCGUCGGCGGAGGCCAUCGACCGCUGGCUGGGGGAGCCGCUGCGGGCGGCCAUCUUGCCUACCAGCAUCUUCCUCACCAACAAGAAGGGCUUCCCCGUCCUGUCCAGGCCUCACCAGCGCCUGCUGGGCCGCCUGCUCAAGCUGGAGGUGCAGGUGGUUCUAUGGGGCGCCCCACACCACGAGCCCAAGCCGCUGAGCGCCUACCUGCAGUACCUGGAGCACGUGGGGCAGAACCGACCGCCGCCAUCGGCCUAUGAGCUGUUUGCGCGUGGAUACGAGGAUUACCUGCAGUGCCCCCUACAGCCCCUGAUGGACAACCUGGAGUCGCAGACGUAUGAAGUCUUCGAGAAGGAUCCAAUCAAAUACAGCCAAUACCAGCAGGCCAUCUAUAAAUGUCUGCUGGACCGCGUGCCUGAGGAGGAGAAGGAAACCAACGUGCAGGUGGUGCUGGUGCUGGGCGCAGGCCGCGGGCCGCUGGUGAACGACAGCACUGAGAGCCGCCCGCAUGGCGCAGCAGCCGCGAUCAGAGUGUUUGCUGUGGAGAAGAACCCCAACGCCGUCGUCACGCUGGAGAGCUGGCAGUACGAGGAGUGGGGCUCGCAGGUGUCGGUGGUGCAGCGCGACAUGCGCGAGUGGCGCCCCCCAGAGGCCGCCGACCUGCUGGUGUCGGAGCUGCUGGGAUCCUUUGGGGACAACGAGCUGGCGCCCGAGUGCCUGGAUGGAGCACAGCCCUGUCUGAAGCCGGGGGGGGUGAGCAUCCCCUGCUCCUACACGUCCUUCCUGGCGCCGCUCUCCUCCUCCAAGCUGUACAACGAAGUGCGCGGCUGCAGGGAGAGGGACCGGCAUCCUGAGGCGCAGUUCGAGACGCCCUACGUGGUGCGGCUGCACAACUUCCACCAGCUGGCGGCGCCGCAGCCCUGCUUCACCUUCCAGCACCCCAAGCCAGAGCCCUCCGAGGACAACAGCCGGUACCGGCGGCUCUCGUUCCCGGUGCCGGUGACCACGGCGCUGCACGGCUUCGCCGGCUACUUUGAGACCGUGCUCUAUGGAGACGUCACCCUGAGUAUCCGCCCUGAGACGCACUCACCUGGGAUGUUCUCCUGGUUCCCCAUCUUCUUCCCUUUGAAGCAGCCAAUGGCGGUGCAGGCAGGGCAGACGGUGGUGCUGUCGUUCUGGCGCCGUGCGGCCCCACAGAAGGUUUGGUACGAGUGGGCCGUGACCGAGCCGGCCUGCUCCGCCCUGCACAACCCAGCAGGCCGCUCCUACACCAUCGGACUGUGAGCAAUAAAGACUCAGCAACCGCGC